CAUGUUGCCACGUUCCCAGUGCUGGCAAAAGAAAAAAUGGUGGGAAAAAACACUACAAGGCGGAUCUAACCUGCGGCAAUCCACACGCUUCAGUAGAGCAACCGCCUCUUCCGCGAUUGGAUUCGGGCGUCGGUCUCUCCGCCUCCGAAAAGAUUUAGCCAGCUUUCGGUUGGAGGGGCGUGGAGUCACUCAAAAAAAGUAAACGGGUUGCGGUGGUGAGGGCAUAGGGAUUUGAUUUUUUUUUUCUUCCCUGGGAUUCACUGGGGGCAGUGAUCGAGGAAGUUAGGGAGACUGAGCGUGCAACUUAGGGUUUAUCUCAGAGACGGAAAACAGUUUUUAAUUGCCAUGGCCACCAAGAAAAAUGCAAAGGGACACACGCCAAAAAAAGAUGCGAAACACAUAGGAAACAAGAAUGGUAAGAAAGGGGAUGGCCUGACAGGAAGCUCCUUCUUCACCUGGUUUAUGGUAAUCGCACUGCUGGGCGUGUGGACCUCGGUCGCAGUUGUGUGGUUUGACCUGGUAGAUUAUGAAGAAGUCCUCGCCAGAGCAAAGGACUUCCGUUAUAACAUUUCAGAGGUAUUACAAGGCAAGCUUGGAGUCUACGAUGCGGAUGGCGAUGGCGACUUUGAUGUGGAGGAUGCCAAAGUAUUGCUAGGAUUAAAAGAGAAACCUGUUGCCUUGGAGUCAACAUCAACAGAAGCUGCUGAGGAGGUCGCACAGCCACUUGAGGAAGCAGUUUUUGAGCUUGAACCACCGGUAGAGGAUGUAGUCCAAGCAAAUGUGGUCCAGGAGUCCUCACAGCCUCCUCCUGAUAAGCUUGCAGAGGAGCAGGAUGGUGAGGAGGAAGAACUGGCAGACUCUGUGGUGGAGGAAGAGGUGGAGGAGGCUGCGGUCGAGGAGGUCCAAGCAGAGGAUGCGACGGAGCUCGAGGAUGAACCCCGAUACUCCGAGCCAGCUGCAGAACAGGACGCAGAGGCAGAGGAAGUGCAUCCGGCCGAGGAGGAGGAGGAGGCGGCAGUGGAGGAGGUUACCCCCGAAGGGGAGGAACAGUUUGAGGAGGGAGGCCAACUAGAAGGAGAAGAAGAAGAACUGGAGAGAAUGUAUGAGGAGGAGACAGUUCCUCCAUUCGAGGAAGAAGAGGCAGUAAUGCCUUUGGAAGCAGAGGAAGAGCCUAAAGUGCCUUUGGAAGCAGAGGAAGAGCCUUUGGAAGGAGAGGAAGAGCCUGAAGCACCUUUGGAAGGAGAGGAUGAGCCUUUUGAAGCCGAGGAAGAGCCUGUAGCUCCUUUGGAAGCGGAGGAGGAGGAGUCUUUAGAAGCAGAGGGAGCUGCUCCCGAGCUGCCUGAGGAAGCGGAGGCCACAGCUGCCGGUGAGGCGGUGGAGGUAGGGGAAGAGCACGCUGAAGAGAGCAGGCCGGCGGCAGAGGCGGUGCAGGAGGCUGUCCAGGCUGAGGAAGACCACGGUGAAGGAGUUGAGGAAAUGGAGGAGGUGCAGACAGAAGAAGAAUAUUCAGAAUAUGAGUACAGCAAAUCCCAGGAUGAUCAGCAAUUUGAAGACCAAGAGACUCCAAGUGAAGACGUCCAAGAUUCAGCCCUGGUCCCUGAAAACGAGGAAGAUGAUGUCUAUGGAUCUCAGAGCAUGGAUGUGGAAUCUGAAAUCCAAGCUGCAGUUCCUCUUCCAGAGCCAGUCUUCAAUGAAGAGUACCCAGCUGAUGAAGUCGUCGACAGCGCUGACAGACACCCUUACGAAGAUACCACUGAAGAUGCAAUAGAUACACAAGGAGAAUAUGUGGUGGAAUCGGAGCCUGAGUAUACUGAAGAGGAAGUACACCAUCCAGACGAAAGCGUUCACUCUGAGCCUCAGCUGUCAGAGGAAGCAGAAACUCAGGAAUGGAGCACAGAGGAGCUGUCCGAAUCUGCACCAGAAACUCAUUCAGAAGAUGAUGCAGAAGCUCAUCACCCUGAUGAACCUGCUCAUGAUGAGCCAAGCCCAGAAGAGGAAGUUAUUAAGGCAGAACAACAUUUUCAGGGGGAACCUUCGGAAGCAGUUACGGAAGCAGUUGAAAAACAGGAUGAAGAGAAGCCAAAAGAAAAAGCAAAGAAGAAAAAGCCAAAGCUCCUGAAUAAAUUUGAUAAGACUAUAAAAGCUGAGAUAGAUGCAGCUGAAAAGCUCCGCAAAAAGGGAAAAAUUGAAGAUGCACUCCAAGCUUUUGAAAGUCUCAUCAGUAAAUACCCUCAGAGCCCCAGAGCCCGAUAUGGGAAAGCACAGUCUGAAGACGACCUGGCAGAGAAAAUGAGAAGCAAUGAGGUUCUUCUCAAAGCCGUCAACACUUUCAGAGAGGCGGCCGAGUUGCCCAACGCCCCAGCUGACCUGGUGAAGCUGGCCCUCAGACGACGUGCCGAGAGACAGCAGUUUUUAGGUCGCAUGCGAGGUGCUCUUGUGACGCUGGAGAAACUGGUGCAGCUUUUUCCUGAAGACAUUUCCCUGAAAAAUGACCUGGGAGUGGGUUACCUGCUCUUGGGAGACAACAAAAGUGCGAAACAAAUCUAUAAAGAGGUCUUAUCUAUAGUGCCAAAUGACGGCUUUGCCAAAGUUCACUAUGGUUUCAUCCUUAAAGCUGAGAACAUGAUAGCUGAAAGUAUUCCAUACCUGAGGGAGGGACUAGAAUCUGGCGAUGCAGGAACCGAUGACGGCCGGUUUUAUUUCCACUUGGGGGAUGCCCUGCAAAGAGUCGGCGACAAAGAUGCCUACAAAUGGUAUGAAAUUGGACACAAGAGAGGACACUUUGCAUCAGUAUGGCAGCGAUCUCUGUACAAUGUGAAUGGACUGAAAGCCCAGGCUUGGUGGACAGCUAAAGAAACUGGCUACACAGAUCUCGUAAAGACACUGGAGAGAAACUGGAAGAUGAUCCGCGAUGAGGCUCUGUCAGUGAUGGACGCUGAGAGAGGGCUUUUUGCACCCGAAGAUGAAAACCUGAGAGAGAAAGGGGAAUGGGGUCAGUUUACACUCUGGCAACAAGGUCGAAAGAAUGAAGAUUCCUGCCGCCGAGUGCCGAAAACCUGCACUUUGUUGGAUCGGUUUCCAGAGGCAACAGCCUGCAAGAGAGGACAGAUCAAGUACUCUGUAAUGCAGCCUGGUACACACGUGUGGCCGCACACAGGACCCACAAACUGUCGCCUGAGAAUGCAUUUGGGCUUGGUCAUUCCCAAGCAAGGCUGUAAGAUAAGAUGUGCCAAUGACACCAGAUUCUGGGAAGAAGGUAAAGUGCUCAUCUUUGAUGACUCGUUUGAACAUGAAGUUUGGCAAGAUGCUGACAGCUAUAGACUUAUCUUCAUUGUAGACGUUUGGCAUCCCGAACUGACUGUUCACCAGAGACGGACUCUUUCCCCAAUAUAAUGGGUCUAUUAUUUUGAAUCUUCCCACACACCAGUGCAUACUCUGCUGUUAUUGCUGUUGUUUUAUAUGUAUGCGUUUUGCUUGUUCUAGAAGUCUACUUGUUAAAACAACAGCCAUGCCAGCCCAUACUUAAAAAACCAAAGGGGCACAGUUUAAUUUACAAAGAUUGUUCUUCAAAAAGUUAACAGAAGUACAUGUGAUAUGAAGAAGUGACUCUGUUACAUAGACAGCUACAUGAUUAUGGCCUGUAAUAUAUGGUACUUUGAAAAUAAUGCAACAUUGAUUAGCUCAGUUCCAGCUAGGAAAGAAUUAAAAAGAAUGAAGUUGUUUUGAUGUUUUAUUUUGCUGUUUGUAUAUUAUGUGAUGUGCCUUCCAAACCACAGAUGCUGCUAUGUAAAUUAAGGGUUGUAUGACUGCCUCAUACAGUGAUGAACUGUGUCGGCUUUUGAGUGAGCUGCUACAUUCAGUUCCUUUUCAGAAAUCAUUGUGUUGAAUUCAAAGUUUAAAUAUUGGCAGUAACGCUGGCAUUAUUAAGUCUUGGCUCUGUUAUCAGAAUGGAUGUAUAUUAAACACUCAGAAAGGGGCUGCAUAGCUGUCUAUGCAAUCGUAUUGAAAAAAAGAUUUUACAAGUUGAGUAGAACAAAGAAUUUAAUUGUGAAUUAUAAACUGUGACAUUGGUUGAUUCAUCGGUUGAUGUAGUGGUACACUGUUCAGAACAUGACACGCGAGGGCAGUUUUUUUUUUAGAAUGGAGUUAGGUCAAGUAUCAUGAUGUAUCUGGCACUGCAUUCUAAUGGAGAAUUAUGAAAGGGAUAAUGGAGAAUUAAUGGAGAUAGAAAAAAACUACAUAAAAAAGUAAGCAAAAAUACUGUCAGGUUAAGUAUCCAUGGUGUUCUGAAUACAUUCCAUUUGAAAUAUGGCCUAUUAAUUUGUGCGUGAUCACGUGAUAUUUUAAAAUCUAAACAUUUGCGAUUCAUUUUUUAUACAAAUAUGAAAAUAGAAAAUAUGAUGUCAUACUAAAUUCCAAAACUAAUACUUAAAUAUUUGCACAUACUUUUUGAAACACUAACUGCUAUUCAUUAACCAGAACAAAACAAGAAAAGGCCAUCAUUAACUCAUGUAUGUGUGCCUUUGAAUUCGAUUUUCAAUUUUCAACAUUUCGCUUUCGACAUUUUCGUCUGUCUACUAAGGCAAGGUAGAGAUGUUUACUUGAAGGCAUAAAGUCAUGCAAUUUAUAUAAAGAGAAUUAUAAGCGAACAACAGAUAAUUUUUUAUACUUUAUUAGUUGUUUUAAUGAAUUGGGCUUGAAUGCUUGUGUAAUGUUGUCUUAAGCAGGUAAUCAAAAUCUACUUAGAACCGAUAAUUUGAAUGUCUGUGAUAAUUAUUACAUUAUUUGUGGAAACUGGCUCUAAAAUUGCCUAUUGAAUACACUACAUUAUGUAAAAACAACACUACAUCACUUAAAAGUUCCAGGUAGUAUAUUAGACUGUUACCUGCAUAAUCUAACAAAGGAACAAACAGGUUAAUUCUGCACCAAAUAAUGAGAAAAGGCAUGUUUCAGCUGUAGAGCUUUCUUCAGGUGUGCAAUCUUCUUGGCAGAAAAUCAAUCUGGCUGCCUCCCAGGGUAAUGAAUAUUAAUAGCAUUUAUUAGAGCUUUUUGUAUAGAACCUUGAAAUUGUUCAGAUUGCAGCUUGUGCAUCAUUUACAGCUAAUGAGGUGCCACAUGUGAAUUUUGAACAGGUACAGUAUAUAAUGAUGUGAUUGGAUUCAGCCAGCAAACUAGCAUCUCAGUUUUUUCCCCAGUUUUUGAUUUUGUUAACUUUACUCAAUUGUAGUACAGUCAUGUCAAGUUUGUUUUGGAAAUUACAUUUGUUUUUGUUUUCCUUACUUGUGGAUUUAUAAUGUUACAACUGCUGUACCAAGCUUACUCAAUGAGCUUCCAAUUUUGAAUGAUAUUUUGAUUUCUGUUGUUUUUCAUUUUUUUGUUUUUUGUUUUCUUGAAUUGCACUGAGAAAUGUCUCCCCAAUAUCAUUUGGUGUCAGAGUAACUGAUUUGGUUCAUUUCAAGGGAAAUGAAGGAAUAUUUUUUAAUCACUAUUGUCUGUUAAAACUGUGAUAACAGUACACUGUAUUGUGUUUUUAUUUUGAAUAUUUACAAAUGUAUAUACAUACAGUAUAUGCUGAGGUAGACUGAACUCUUUUCUAUAAUAUGUGCUAUACAACACACCACACCAGACCAACAGCAUGGGAGGUACCUGAGAGUCCAAUUGAGUAGGGCACUGUAGUACCCACUUUUCUGCAGUUGAUUGUUAGGUCUUACUGCAGGUCUGCUGUGGUUGCAGUGAAAUCAUGUUUGAUUCAGUCAUUUAAUAUUCAUUUGACUUUCAGACGGAAGCUUUCUAAAUUUUACAGAUUAGGUGGUCGUUUACCACCUUUUCACAGGAGGUGGCAGGAUUAAAUUACAAUAAAAAACAACUACAGCUGGUCCAUUAUAUGACCCAUGGUAUUAUGCUGUUGUGACAGUGAGUUGUUACCCUAACUGAUGAUGGCAAUAUUCUUCAAGCUACAGCAGUUAUGAAUACUGAACUUGGGUUCCCUGUUAAAAGCUUCCUCAUUUAAUAGCACAGUCCCUUUUGGGAAAGGUAAAUGUGACAGCAGACGAAGAAUGGAGGUUAUAGGUUUUUAUUUUCAUCGUUUCUGGAGUGUGCCUUACACUUUUAGAGAGAUGAUUUUUUUUUUAUUGUUUUCUUUGUAAUGUGCUAAGGUUUCUGUUGGGGAAAAAUGCUGUUCAUUAUAGAUGACUUAAGAUGCUGGAUAUUUAGUUUGAACAAACUAUUGGCUUAUACUGACAGUUUGUUCAUCAGAGGUAAACAAAAAACAAUUUGGAUUUCUUUCAUUGUUUGUAAUGCUAUUUUUCAGAUCAAUAGGAACUUGUGUCUUAUCGGUACACCCUCAAAUAGAUUUUUUAGCUUUGUUUUGUAAAAAUAAAUCCCUAAUUUGCUUUA